ACAAACAUCGCGUAAUAGCUCGCGUGAUAGCAUUUUCUUCCAGCCAGUUAUGUUUUUGUGUGUUUUUCAAUAUUCACAACUUACUUGUUUCUGUUCCAGACCAGGACCAGUCACCAACACCGAGUCGACGUCACCAUGCCAGUGAAGUGCGAGGUUUGCUACAAAGAGUACGCUUCAAAAAGGAGCCUUACCGACCACAUGAGAGUACACUCGGGCGAGAAGCCAUUCGAGUGCACCCGUUGCAACAAACGGUUCUCCCAGCAGGGCGGUUUACAAACACAUAUGCGAACCCACACGGGAGAGAAGCCUUUCGAGUGCCACCUGUGCAACAAGCGGUUCUCCGUCAAGGGUAAUUUACAUCAGCAUCUGCGAACCCACACGGAAGAGAAGCCAUUCGAGUGUAUCGUGUGCCACAGGGGGCUCACUUCAGCUCACGCCCUGCGGAAUCAUCUGCAAACCCACACGGGAGAAAAACCUUACGAGUGUACCGUGUGUCACAACUCGUUUGGCGAUCCAUCAAAUUUGCGAAGGCAUGUGCGAACACACAUCUAGGGAUGCAUCAUUAAUUUAGUGCACUUUCUUCUCUCACUCUAAUAUGUCUGGAACAUGUCCUUGUUUAUGUAAACCUUCAGAGUGCAAAAUGUUCCCCGUCACCUUGAUACUGCGUAUACCAUGACAUAUUAUCAAAUCAAUCUUGAA